AACGAUCAUCCUCUCUCACACUGUGUACAACUACUCUCUCUCUCAACAAUAACACUCUAGAUUUCAUUGUUUCUUCUCAAUAAUAUCUUUUCCCCUGUAAAUAUCGCAAAUAAUCCCAAAGUGUCUAUAUUCCACCAGUUCUACUGUCCUGGACCGUCUGCCGGUCCGCCCAACUCACCCAACUGUCACUCGACCAAUUGAUCGCAUCAUGGAGCCCGAACAAUACUCUCAACUGCCAAUAGUUGCAUUAGAUGAUCAAGCAGUUGUGCUGCCAGGCCAGAUCCAUACCACACCAACGGGAGAUCGAGCUGAUCUUCUCGCUAUUACUAACAGUUACGCAAAUCGCAAAUUGAAAUUGCCUACUGCUUACAGGGGUUCUCUAGUGAUAGGAUGCUUUCCUCUAAAGACGAAAGGCGGGGAGUAUAAUGCAAACAAACGAUUUGAAUAUCAACCAAAGGACCUUUAUGAAUAUGGCACGUUGGCGGAAAUCUGGGGAUGGGAAGACAAGGUCGGUUAUGGCGGAGUUAGACUCCACGGCGUGGCAAGGCUGAAGCUUGAUGGGAUCGAUAAAAGACGACCGUUUAUAACCGGAAAUGUGACCUGCUAUAAAGAUCAAAGUAUCGACCCCAUGGACGUAACUGGAAGGGAGCUUCUCAGUCAACUUCAACGUCUAUCGCUCGAAGCAAUAACAUAUACAAGAUUAACUUCUUUGCUAAGGUUUUCUCCUUUUCCGAUUACGGCGGCUGCAGAGAAAACAAUUCGGAGCAAAGGGCUGGAUGAAGCCGGUGAAUUGGCAGACUACUUGGUGGCGCUUCUAAAGCCUACUUAUGAAGAGCAGUUGCGUAUUUUGUCAAUGGUGGAUGUGAAGGAGCGCAUGAAGUUUCUCAUCGAUUUGUAUCAAAAACAACUUUCGGACAUGCGGAAUACCAUGACGAUCACUGCCAUCACCCCAAUCAAUCAAACGCCAUCGUCCGAGGGAGGAUCUGUUGACCCGCUUGAGCUGUUUAAAUUACGGAAAUUUUACCCGAUUCAAAAUCUGUUUUCGGAUGAACAUCUGACGAUGGAUGAAAUGAUUCAGAAAAUGCGCAAAAGGAGAGCCACUAGGCUCCCGUUCCCCAAUGGACUAACAAGCGGAUCUCCACAUGGAACGUCAAGUGGAUUGCCAAACAACUUGUCAAGAGGAUUGCUCAAAGGGCUCCCUAGUGGUAUCGGGAAAGGGUCCGACGAAGGUGACGAAUUUGAAGAAUUAAAGAAGAAAUUGGAUGAUGCCAAGCUUAGUCCAGAGGCCGAAAAGGUCGCCGCGCGGGAAUUGCAAAGACUGAAGAAGAUGAAUCCGGCUCAAGCGGAGUACCAAGUCUGUCGGAAUUACCUAGAAAACUUGGCUGAAAUCCCUUGGACCACUUCGACGGAUGACAGGCUUGACGCGACUACGCUAGUGAGAGCGCGCAAGCAGCUGGAUGAUGAUCAUUAUGGGCUUGAAAAGAUCAAGAAGAGAUUGUUAGAGUAUCUGGCCGUGUUAAGACUCAAGCAGUCGGCCAAUCAGGACCUGGACGCUCAAAUCGAAAAGGCCGCUGAGGACGCCGCGGCAGUGGAAAACAGCCUGGACGAUGUCGACGACGAACAUCAGAACAAACCAGAAGACAUCAAGGUACAGCUCCUGAAGAGCAAGCGUAUGGUAGACAAAUCGCCCAUACUUUUGCUGGUUGGUCCACCGGGUACGGGAAAGACGAGCUUGGCCAAGUCCGUUGCGACAGCUCUUGGACGAAACUUUCAUCGAAUUUCUCUAGGCGGUGUUCGCGACGAAGCGGAGAUUCGGGGCCAUCGCCGUACUUAUGUUGCGGCUAUGCCCGGUCUCAUUGUCUCUGGUCUGAAAAAGGUCGGCGUGACAAACCCCGUCUUUUUGCUGGACGAGAUUGACAAGGUUGGCGGAGCUAAUUUCCACGGUGACCCUUCUGCGGCCAUGCUGGAGGUGCUCGACCCUGAGCAAAAUCAUACCUUUGUGGAUCACUACGUGGGCAUUCCCAUGGACCUAAGCAAGGUCCUCUUUAUCGCUACAGCCAACAGUCUUGAUACUAUCCCGGCCCCUCUCCUGGACAGGAUGGAGACCAUCCAGCUUUCUGGAUAUACGACACUCGAGAAGAGAUCGAUUGCGCGACGGCAUCUUAUUCCGAAACAAGUCAUCUCGAAUGGGCUGUCUAUUGAAAAUGUUGAUAUAUCAGACGAAGUGCUGGAUAAAAUUAUUGCUUCCUACACACGCGAGGCUGGAGUCCGCAACCUUGAGCGGGAGAUUGGCUCCGUGUGUCGGUCCAAGGCGGUGGAGUAUUCCCAGGCCAAAGAUUCGUCGAGGUUCGAAAGCUAUCGGCCUCAGGUCUGGCUGCCAGAUCUAGAAGAAAUCCUUGGUAUUGAGAAAUUUGAUGAAGAAAUCGCAGAAACGUCUUCCCGGCCAGGAGUAGUCACUGGUCUCGUGGCAUACUCUACAGGCGGACAAGGAAGCAUCCUUUUUAUCGAGGUGGCCGACAUGCCCGGCAAAGGCAGCGUCCAGCUCACCGGAAAGUUGGGCGACGUCCUUAAAGAAUCAGUCGAAGUGGCUCUGAGCUGGGUCAAAGCUCACUCAUACGAGCUUGGCCUGACUAGUGAUCCAUCCAUUGAUAUCAUGAAGGAUCGCAGCCUGCACGUGCACUGUCCCGUAGGCGCCAUGCCAAAGGACGGCCCUUCUGCAGGUCUAGCCCACACGAUUGCUCUCAUCUCCCUCUUCUCUGGCAAACCCGUGCCGCCAACGCUUGCAAUGACCGGCGAAGUUUCUCUCCGUGGGCGUGUCACUGCCGUUGGCGGUAUCAAGGAGAAGCUUAUCGGGGCUCUUCGCGCGGGCGUCAAGACUGUGCUGCUCCCUUCUCAAAACAGGAAAGAUUUGCGCGAUCUUCCGCCAGAGGUGAUUCAGGGGUUGAGCAUCAUGUUUGUCCAACACAUUUAUGAAGCCCUUCGCCUGGUUUGGCCCGACGGCAGUUGGCCCGGCCAGGCCCACCCCGCAGGCAUCGAAAGUCGGCUGUAAUUUGUUCCGCAGUAUAUCUGAACUCUGAUGACCCUGGCCGAGCAUGACAAGACUAGGAUCUUUAAUUGAAUAUCGAAAUUUGACUUCAUCUCAUGUUAUCAUACCUCCCUGUACUUAAUCAAGCUCAAUGCAAAUUUACGCAC